UACAAUGAUGGAAUUAUUAAAUAAAGUAAUUGAAAAUGAUCCUGUAUUUUGUCCAAAUGGUUGUGGUCAUUCAUAUAUUGUUCAGUGCCUGAAUCAUUCUCUAGAAAAAUAUCAAAUGUUUUGUUCAAAUAGUUGUGGCCGAUCAUAUAUACCUACUGGUAAACAUCGCAAAUAUAAUCUCAAACAUCAUUUGAAUGAUGCAUGUGGCAUUAACCUACAAUUUGAUUGUAAUUUUUAUGAAAAACAGUUAAAAUCAAAGUGAUGGUUACUGUAUCACUUAUCAUCAACAGACUUUAAUAAAUAUAUUUUGUACUUGAAAUUUUUACUUAUAAUUUAAUUUGUAUCU